CUGUGCCGCAGGCUUGGAUGGGGCAGGUCCUUGGGAGGGCAAGAAAUUGCUUGGGAGCUCAGUUAUUAAAUGUGAACCCGAGUCCCGCGUGUCCGUGGAACUUCUACUGUUGCGGCUUCCCCUCCACCUUCUCUGAAGUGCAAGUUUCAGGUCUUCGGGGCUGCCCUGACUGAGCCUGCAGUGGGAGCGACUGGCGUCGGCUGGGCUUAACCUACCAGGCAGUCUUUCUGCUCCCUUACGUUUCUCUCCACCAGGCGCCCGCCCCUCUGGCUUCAGUGUCGCUAGGUCGCCCCUCUGGAGUCACUUGUUUCUGAGGGCUGGAAGUGCUUGCCCUCCAGUCACUGCGAACUUCGGGGAGGCUGUUGAACCCCGGCGCCUGCUGAACCCUCAGCUUCCAGAGCCUCCAGCAUGCGCGUGUGGGCCCCCGUGGGCGUCCUGGCCUCGUUGGCUUACUGCUUCCAUCAGCGGCGGAUAGCUCUGGCCGAGCAUCGGGCGCCUGGUGGCCAGCAUCCGGUGGACCGCAGCCUACUGGAGCUGAAAAUGGUGCAGGUUGUGUUUCGACACGGAGCACGGAGUCCGCUCAAGCCGCUCCCGGUGGAGGAGCAGGUGGAGUGGACCCCCAAGCUUUUAGAGAUCCCACCUCAAACUCAGUUUGAGUACACUGUCACCAAUCUAGCUGGUGGCCCCAAACCUCAUUCUCCUUAUGACUCGGAAUACCACAAGACCACCCUGAAGGGUGGUGUGUUUGCUGGGCAGCUGACCAAGGUGGGCAUGCAGCAGAUGUUUGCCCUGGGCGAGAGACUGAGGAAGAAUUACAUGGAAGAUAUCCCCUUCCUUUCACCUGUCUUCAACCCACAAGAGGUCUUUGUUCGCUCCACCAACAUUUUUCGGAAUCUGGAAUCUACUCGGUGUUUGCUGGCUGGGCUUUUCCAACAUCAGAAAGGAUCUGUCACCAUCCAAACUGAUGAGGCAAACUCUGAAGUCCUGUACCCCAACUAUCAGAACUGCUGGGUCCUGAGAGAGAAGACCAGAGGCCGGAAGAAGACUGCCAUUUUGCAGCCAGGGAUGGCUGAGGAUUUGGAAAAGGUGAAGGCAGGUGUGGGUAUCAGCAGUGGUGAUGAGGUGGACUUCUUCAUUCUCCUGGACAACGUGGCUGCAGAGCAGGUGCACAGCCUCCUCAGCUGCCCGGCACUGAAGCGGUUUGCCCAGAUGAUUGAGCAGAGGGCUGUGGACACAGCUGUGUAUGUGCUGCAGCAGGAAGACAGGGAAAGCAUCCAGAUGGCAGUGGGCCCGUUCCUACACAUGCUGAAGGGAAACCUGCUCAGAGCUGUGGACCCCACGACUCCACCCAGCAAGACCAGAAAGCUCUACCUGUAUGCAACACAUGAUGUAACCCUCAUGCCUAUCCUGAUGGCCUUGGGGAUUUUUGACCGCAAAUGGCCUCCAUUUGCUGUUGACCUGACCAUGGAGCUCUACCAGCAUCGAGACUCUAAGGAGUGGUUUGUGCAGCUCUAUUACCAUGGGGAGGAGCAAGUGCCGAGAGGCUGCCCCGACAAGCUCUGCCCGCUAGAUAAGUUCUUGAAUGCCAUGUCAGUUUAUGCUGUGAGCCCAGAGAAGUACCGCACACUCUGCUCCCAAGCACGAACAAUGGAAUGUGGAGAGUGACUCAUUCACACAGACAAGUUGAUCUUUAAAUAAAGUGCCUUUAUAUAAAA